UCUGCGAGAGGUUGUGCAGGACCAGUCUGUGAAGCCCAAACUCCAGUGCCUUAUGGUGGAUCCGUCGUUCUCCAUGGUAACUGUUCAAAGUGAGGAUAGUGGCAUUGUUUGGGAGACGGCCUCUAGCCGCUGCUCUACCCCUUGGGCCUCUGAGACCAGCUCCACCUCUGAAUCCUACAGCAUGGAGGGCCCUGGAGCGGCAGGAAAGAUCACCAUCGUCUUUGAUGAGGAGAAAAUAGUCCGCAGGAGGAUAAGGUCUGGAGGAAGGAGUAGCAGACUGGGGGACAGGCUGAGCCGACCUGGUAGUUCAAGAUCGGCUUCAGCUCUGGGAGCGGAGAGACCGGAGAUGGCGGAGGUUUCCCUUCCCAAUGUCAAACAGGAGAAAAUCGAAACAGAACCGGACUUGGAGGAAAUCAAAAACAAAGAUCAGCAGCUGUUUAGUUUGAUUUCAGAGGGUUAUGAGAUUCUCAAUAUCAGAGUCCCCUCCAAACUUCCCACUGUGGAUGAGGAGGAGAGCACAGAGCUGCAGGACAAUUUGUCUUAUUUGGACGAGACUCCAAAGAUCAGGUCUCGGCAACAGUAUCAUGUUAUGCCAGAGGAAGGGGUAAUACUUGUUCACCAAGAGCACUCAGAGCAAGACUAUUCUCAGCCGUCAGUUGAAACAGAGCUCAGACACACACCCACUCAGAAAGAGAGCACCAUCGACAUAGACUACUUUGAAAAGUUUACCUUGCUCGAUGAGGUGGUCCCUGGGGAACAAGCUCCAGAACUGCAGGAGGCGGCAGAUCAGCCUACAGCAAAGCCCCCAGUAGAGGAUCAAAAGCCAGCUAAAGAGACAGCCACAGACAGCCCCUCUGCAUCAGAAGACUCCUUUGUCUUUGUUACAGAUGUGGAGAUAGCCGGGGAACACCUAGAUGAGGUCUUCUACGGAGAAGCACCUCCUGCUGAUGCACUGCAGCGGAGAGAUGAUGAUGAGGUGGAGGGUAGAGCAGGGAUGAGAAUGAGACGAGAGAGCCAGAGAUCUGGUAAGGAGAGUGGUUCAGUGUUGUUUGGGAGUGAAGAGACCAUCCUCACGCCCAUCUUUAUCUCCUCUGGACCCCCUAAGAUCAUUGACCUCAUCCUGCUGGAGGAGCCCACCGCCAUGUCCUUCAUGUACUCAGACCUUUAUGAGGAUGCUGUAGGCGAAAGGCAAAAGAGUGAUGAGGAAUACUCUGAGGCAGAGAGCGUAGCAUCGGAGACGUCUUAUAAGAGACGUUUGUCAGAUUCAGAGGAAGGGCACGGGUACCUGGAGAAGUUUAUUUUGAAGGAUGAAACUCCCACUGUGGAGGUACAACCAGAGCCAGCGGAGGAUGAGAUGGAGGGGAGGAGGAUGUGGUCACAGAAUAAGUUUGAAAUGACAGGAUGUCUGACAAGAGUGGUCAAAGAAGACGAAGACGAGGACAAGAUAAAGACAGAGGAACCAAAGACACAGGAGGUCAGUGUUGGAGGUAGGAGUGAAGAUUUAAAAUCAGCUACAUUCAAAGAGAAAAGAGAAAUAGUUACAGAACCAGAGAGGGAGAAGGAGGAAAUACACAUCUCCUUGGUGACUGAGGAACAGGCUGUCGGAGAAGCCUCAGAAGAAUCUAUUCAGGAGUCCAAACUGAGAAAGGAUCAGAUGGAUGAUCAGAAAGUGGAACAUGAGGAAAAGAGAGAUCAGACUGACUGUCCUGAGAGCGGCACUGAUAAACCACUUCCCGAAAUGCAACAGGUGGACAGUAAAGUAGAAAAAACAGAGGAGUGUGAGGAGCAUCAGAGAGAAGUGCCGGCAGUAACAACUAGCGUUAUUGAAACUGAGCAGCCAUGUCAGAUACAAGAAGCGAUUGAAAAAACAGCCCAGGUGGUUGCAAAUGCGACAGAAAAGACAGCUGUGAUAGCACCUGUAAGCGAUGAAGUGCCUCACAUCAUCCCUCAAUCUGAAAUACAAACGGAAACCCCUGAGAAGAGUUUGUCUGAGGAGGCACUUACUGACACUAAGAUGAUGGCUGCUGAAGAGAGAGUAGUAGCUGAGGCCAAAGCAGAGGCACCAGCAGAAGCCAAAGAACCUGAGACUAAAAGACAGGAAAUGCUCACCUCUACUGCAAUAGAUACAUCAGCUGAAACAUCGCUAUGUGAGGAUAAAGAAGCAGCAGCAGUUGUUUCUGAAGACGUUGCUCCUGUUGAGGUUAUCACUGACUGUAGUUCAACAGUACACGCAGUAGUGGAGGUAACUGAAAAAGCAGUGGAUGAAAAAAAGAUCCAAACUCAGGUUCAGAUUGAUCUUCAGGAGGUAACAAGUGUUGUGACAACAGAUGUUCAAACAGCAGCUCCUGAAGGAGAAGAAGAACGUGAGGCUCUAACAGAGGAUACUGCAGUUCAGAGCCAACAUAUUACAGAAGCUGAUCAGGAGUCAGAGGUUAAAACGGAGAUUUCAAGUGAAGUAUGCAAACCUGUGACAGACUCGGAUACGAAACAGCAUGACAUUCUUGAGACCAAGCAGCAUCAACAAGAGUCAGUAACUGACUGCGAUUCAGACAAAACAAAGCUGAUAACUGAAGCUGAAGCUAAAACAUCCACAGAGGACACUGAGACUGUUAUUCAGGAGAUGGUGAAUGUAGAUGAUGACUUAAUCCUCCUUAUCCCGAAAGGGCAAGCUGUAGAGAUGGACAUAGGGAUUAGUCAGUGGUCAGAGAAGACUACAAAUUAUACAGUAGCUCUCUCUGAACCUGACAGCACAUGUGAACGUCUCAUAGCACCUGAAACCACCACCAUAUGCUCAGAGGAGCUUCAGGCACCAACUGAGGAAACAGUGACAGAGCCUCAACUAGAAAUAAAACCAGAAGUUGUUCUAAAGGAAGAAGCACUACCCAGUAAUGAGUUAGCCAGUAAGUACUCUCCUCCUUUACCUGUGGAGGAGGCCAACACAGAGGAGCAGAAGGUGGAGCAGGACUUCGAGGAAGACGUGGCCAUCUUUUCCCCUCUGAGGAGCUUGACUCCCCCGGAGGAUUUGUGUUGUCUGCACAGAGACUAUACAACAUCAGAAGCAGCAGACUUAGAAAAAAGGGUAAAGAUGCACAAGAUGAAAGUGACCCCCGUAUCAGAAGCAGUUGCGGAGGCUCCAGAGGUGACUGUUGAGGAGCUUGAAUAUGAGGUAAUAUCUAAACAGGAUGCAAAAGAAAUGCCGGAACCUGAAACACAAAGAGGUGAAGAGGAACCAGUGGAUGAAAAUGAGAUCCAAACUCAGGUUCAGAUUUAUCUUCAGGAGGUAACAAGUGUUGUGACAACAGAUGUUCAAACAGCAGCUCCUGAAGGAGAAGAAGAACGUGAGGCUCUAACAGAGGAUACGGCAGUUCAGAGCCAACAUAUUACAGAAGCUGAUCAGGAGUCAGAGGUUAAAAUGGAGAUUUCAAGUGAAGUAUGCGAACCUGUGAUGCCAGAAGAAGUCAAGACAGACUCAGAUAAAAAACAGCAUGACAUUCUUGAGACCAAGCAGCAUCAACAAGAGGAAUCAGUAGCUGAGGUGCUUGAAUAUGAGGUAAUAUCUAAACAGGAUGCAAAAGAGAUGCCGGAGCCUGAAACACAAAGAGGUGAAGAGGAACCAAAACCUGAGUCUGGUCAGCAGAGAGAAGAAAGGAUGGAGAUGGAGAUGGAGAAGGAGAACAAAGUAUUUGAUCUGUCCCCAGAAGAAGAGCUCAUUGAGGCUGACUAUGAAAUCUUUGAUGAAGAGGAGGAGAGUCAGGCACGACUGGCUGCUGAGCUGGAGGGGAUGGACUGGUUCUGUCUCACUUGUGGAUGUCUGCUGUCAAAGGACGACUGUGUCUCUGGAGAGCAUCACAGCCAUGAGGUGACUGGUGUGGACAAAGCCUACGAGGAAAUCAAGGAGAAGCUGAGUGACUGGAUCUCAGAGCUUCAGGGGAGGUCAGAGAACACAGAGGACCUGGUGUCUGAGCUUGAACUGGCCUACAACUCUGUAGAGGACCAGUGUGUUGAGAUCGAGGCGGCGAUGCAGGCGCAGAAUGAGGAGAUGAUGGCUCUGGUAAUGGAGCAGUACAACAACAUGUCUGUCAGCAUGGAAGAGGAGAAGAAGGCCAAGCUGGAGCAGCUAUAUGACCAGAUUGUCUCCUUCCAGGAGAGUAUCGACUCUGCCAAGGCCACACUAGAGACCACGGCCAGGGAGGCUGAGACUGAAGCACGGUCACCCGAAGACAUUCAUGCAAGGCUCAAGGCAGCUCUGGACUCUGCCAUGUCACUGGAGCUGGGUCCCAAGGGACUGCUGGUGUUCGAGGACUAUGCCAAGGGCAACACUUCCAGCUCCCACCUCGCACAGCGCAAGGGAAUCCCAGUGCCUCAGAGGCCUACGCUGCAGCCUCAGGAGCCAGGCUCAGCCACCAGCACCAGCGUCACUGUUUAUUGGAAAGUCAACCCCGGAGAUAUCAUAGACUGCUUCCAGGUGUACUGCAUGGAGGAUCCUCAAGGAGCUGUGUCAGAGGAGUACCGUGUGACAGUGAAGGAAAGUUAUUGUGUCCUGGAGGAGCUGGAGCCUGACAAGACCUACAAGGUCUGGGUGAUGGCUGUCAACUAUACAGGCUGCUCUCUGCCCAGCGAGAGACUCGCCUUCAGAACUGCUCCAUCAGUGCCAGUGAUUGAUACAGAGCGCUGUACUGUCAUGUGGGAUUCAGCCACGCUGCGGUGGAGCUCAAAAAAACAGACUCUCGAACAGAGUUACACCUUGGAGUACAGCCACCAGUAUGAACUGGAGGGAGAGGGGCUCAGGUCCAUCUCAGGUAUCAAACAUUGUGAACAGAGGGUUCUCCUGCAGCCCAAUGUGAAUUAUCUCUUCUAUAUAAAAGCUGUAAAUGAAGCUGGAGCCAGCGAACAGAGCGAGGCUGCACUCAUUUCCACCAAAGGGACAAGGUUCCACCUGCUGAAAGCCUCAGCUCACCCCGCUUUGGAGCUGUCAGUUGACCAGACCACCCUGCACUACUCUCAGGAUACACACGAAAACACACCAUCUACAGACACGCCGUGUCCAUCCAUCCUGGGUGAGUUGUUGCCGGCACAAGGACAUUACUACUGGGAGACCAUUGUGUCAGGAAGCACAGCUUACAGGCUUGGAGUGGCAUACAGCUCAGCCAAUAGAAACAGCUCACUGGGGGAGAACAGCCAGUCAUGGUGUUUGCAGUGUGUCCCUACACCAUCAGGCUGCAGGUAUCAAUUGCUCCACAAUGACGUUUUGUCCAGUGUGUUUGUGAUUGAGAUGCCUGAGCGAGUGGGAACUCUCCUGGAUUACCAACUCGGUUGUCUGUCUUUCUACAAUGCCCAAAGCGGUCAGUUGUUAGGCACUUUCUCCCAGCGCUUCACCCAGCCGUGCCAGCCUGCUCUGGCCUUGGAGAUGCCGGGCAGCCUGGAGGUCUGCAUGGUGCCGGAGAAGCCGGUGUUUAUCAAGGACAGCUAGCUCAGCUAAAUGCCUCACACACCGAGGAGUUUACAGUUCAUGCUGGACAUAUAUUGAUUUGAAUGAUCUGAAAAUGACUAUUAUUGUGAGAAAUCUGCAGAUCUAACAGGACAUACAAUAUACUGAUAGCCACAAAAAAGGCAGGAGACAUACUGGCUCCCAUUCUUCUAAGAGGCCUCAUUAAUCGGUUUGUGUGUUUUUAGUGCAUCAUUGCAAAACAAGGAUUCUCUGAUUGAAUAGGGAUUCAAUUCAACAUUUAUAUCUUUUGGUAAUAGAAAUAAAAUGGUAAAUAUCAAAAACAGAGGCAGUGAAAAUGAAUGAUGGCAGUGUGAAAUACAACUGGACUGAAAUUUAGUGCCUUGAACUUUUUUAACAGGUGAGUGUCGCGAGUAUUUUGUUCAACCAAGGGAGACGUGAAAUGUAAUUUUUACCAUAACUUACGCUGAUAUGAUAGUUUUGUACUGUUCUGUAAAUGUUCUGAUUUACUCAUUUUCAGUUUUCUCCUCUUUAUCCAAACCCUUACUGACAGCUUCCAUGAGUAAAGGGUCUGACUGCACAUUGAAGUUAAACACACACUGUGUCAUUAUUGAGACAAACAGUAGUUAAAAAUCCUUUAAGGGAAUUUAUAGCGCCAAGAAAUAUACUGUAGAACUUGAACUGUGUUUCAUAUUGUGAAUUUGUGUAAAUAACCUUUGUAAACCGAUGUGAUCAAUUCUAUAUUUUGUUAUGUGCAACUCACAGCAAGUGGAGAUUAACUGUUUUCCUUUCCCUGUCUUGUAAACUGAUUUUCACAUCUGAGCUGAAUGAACAUGUUUAUUUUUCUAUUUGCACA